CACGCACAAGCCUAAAAAAGUAACAAAUUGCAACGAAAUACUGUGUAGUGUAGGGUAUACAAAACGCAUCUCUUUAUUGGCUAUUUGUCCAGCCCUGCAUAGCGGGCCAACGCAAUCCUCCCGCCCCUUAUAAAUGGUACCAAUUGCCAGCAUCAUAUGAUAUUGCCACAUCAUCCACCUUAUCAAAUCAGCCAGCUCACAAGACAACACCUUCAAAUAGCUUCUCAACAGAGCCAUCUACAUACCUAAGCCAAAAUGGGCCGCUGGUCAUACCUCGACACAGACGAAGAGCGCCUCCCGCACGGCGUCAAGCGCAUCGGAUACGACGCAGACGACCAGGAGUACACAUUUUUCGAUACUUCCGACGGCAGCAUCUGGGUCGGGGGAUACAACGGCCCUACGAAGUGUAUAUCGAGGCCGGACCAGGUCGCGAGCUCUAGCGACGAUAGUAAGGACGAACCGACGACGUAUAUCCCGACCGAGGAAGUUGAAAAAAGCGGCCCGCAGCCGUCGAGCAGCCCAAAUACAAAGGCGUUGCUUAACUCCUUCGUGGCUGUCGGCAGGCUCGCUCGAAUCAUCGUGGCGCGGAGAGGACCGGGUGCGGAUCGCAGGCUAAGCCGUGAAGAGCGGAGGCGAGAGCGUCGUGCCCGUGAGCAAACUAAGGAGGAGCGGCUUCGGGAUGAGGAAGGGUUCGGCGAGAAGGGGUUCGAAGGGAAAGAGUUUGACUGAAAUAAAUUAUUCAAUGGAUCUGUUACUUUAGGAAGUCGGUAUGCCUCUCUUAUGCUCUUCGAGCUGGUCUCGAAAACUUAACGACAUUUUAUUUGGACAAACUCGGGGUAAAGGGGCGUAAGCAUGUGAUUUAAAUAAGGCAUCAACGCUUUGAAUUGGUUAUAACUGUAACCAUCGUCUUGUUAUCCAUAAACUCACCGUGAAGAAUGCGGAUUAGGCCCGUGAUAGCACAGUCUGUAUGGACAUAUCGCCUU